ACCUUCAUCUUGGUGACUCUAGAAGUUUCAUGAAUCACUGUAGGCCUUAUAAAUCUGUAGUUCCGUGACCGUUAGAGCUGAAUCAUUCAUAUACACACAGCUUGGUGCCUUUUAAAUGUAUCACUUAACCUCAGCUAUAAGUACAGAAAUAAACUGUGAGUCAGAUACGCGUUGGCAGUGAUCAUAAACAGAGCAACUUCUUAUUAUUAGAAUCUUUCUUCUUUUGCGUCUGACCUACGAGUUGACAGUCUCGUGAGAGUGCUUCAUUCAUAAGUCAGCCAUUAAAUGAUGGUGUCUUCAGUUAAAAAGUGGAGACCUUACCGUCCACUUCCAGUUAACACUAGUUCUAAUAAUUCAUCUGUAACACAGAGAAAAAAUAGGUCUACGAGACUUCCAUGUAAAUUUCACACUAUAUUUGAUGAACCAAGCUUCAUUGAAGAAGAUUCAGGAAGAUUUCCAGCUUUUAAAGGUAGGUCGGCCCACUUAGUCACUUAGUGACUUUACUUUUUACUUAUUAUUACUAGUUACUCAGAAGUUACUGCUACUCUAUACUAUGUAAUAUAUUCUUAACUACACAACAAUGCUAUGCUAUUAAUAAUUAAUUUAAUUAAUAUCAUGUUUGCGAAGUACAACUUAAUUAAAACUUAGUCGCGUUGGCCUUAGUUCCCUUGGCCUUGGGCAGAAAGUUGCUAUUAGUAUUAGUCAUAUGUCUAUUACUGUUACUUUGACUUUGACAUUGUUUGUAAUUGUACCAUUAUUAGUGGACACUCCACUGAACUACACUGUGUCCAAACAGUAAACAGGCUAAGCCUUCUACUCAAAACUUCUCGUACUAAUGGAGGACUUGUUAAAAUAGUUUUAAUAUGAAAGCCUUAGCCCCAGGCCACUUAGGCUUAGGCCACUCAAGUUCAAGACAAACCAGAAGAGGAUCUUCCAAUUAGUAUUAGACUUAGACCUAUUAUUAUAUAUUAAAUUAUUUAUAUUGUUAUCUUUGGGCAAAGUAACUUGUUACAUCAUAAUUUAUAGUUAAUAGGCUAUAUAUAUUAUAUUUUAAGAUAAACAUUUGUCUGUAUCAACUGUAUGAGUUCUGAGUAAGUUUGUUAGCUCUGCAUUAGUCUGCAUGUUUCUACAGGAAACUUUUUAAAAUUUUAUGAGUAGGAUCCUUAUUUAAAAUUAUAAAUAUAAUUUCAAACAUAGUCAUAGAUCCAUAGGUUGUUGCAUGGAUGAAUGGAUCUAGAUUGAACUUAUUAAUAAAAUAAUAGGCUCGGUAGCCAUACCCUUUAUGGUCAUAUUGAAAAAACUAUGAAUUUAAAAGCAAUUAUAAUUAUAUUCACUCCAUUAAACUCGGUUCUGUACUAAGAAUUUUCCAUAAAGUUUGAUUCUUUAUAAGGGUAUUUCUCUGGAAUUUUUUCACACGGUUUUGAUGGGAAAUCUUUUAAAAGUAACAGUUUUUUUUUUUUAAAUUUUUGUUGUUAGUUGCAGAAUCUUUUUUCUAGCAAUCCUGGACAAAGCCGGUAUAUUGGCUUGUUAAUUAAAAAUAUAAUAUAGUAAAGUAUGCCUGGGCUGGGCUAGUUUAGUUGAAUUUAUAAGUCAGCCUAUAUAACAAACAUUUUUCAAUAAUCCUAGACUGAAACAUGUUGCCUGUUGCAAUUACAUGACUUUAAGUUAUUAUACUAUACUUAGACAGUCUUAUCAGCCCUAUCACUACAUCAAGUUAAAAGCAAUAAAAAUCAAUUUAGUAAAUUUAAGACUAAAUGAGCCUGCAUAGCAGGGGUAGGGCAACCUACAACUAAUUAAUUUUAAUGCCCUCUGCACAAACAUUAUAGAAUAUACUGUUUCAAACAGUAGUAGAGUUGUAUGUUUGGUAAGUUACUAUGCCUGCUUCAGAAGCAGUCUGCUUAUCAAUUUUAAUGGAAGCUACCCCUUUGGCGUUCCUAGGGUAGCCAGAUGCUCCACCACUAUGAUGAACCAUUUUAGGUUUGCCACUUAACAGCGAAUUUCUGCGGGGUGGGGGGGGGGGCGGUGUUUAUGAAUGGGAUUCCCGGUAGGCCCAAAGAGAUUCAUCUCUGGCCACUAGUGCCAUUCCUUUUGAAUGAUUUUCAGUAUUUAUUAUCCUCUUCGGGAUCUGAUUUGGUGAUAUUUGCAUUUUUCAAAGAAAAAUAAACCAAAAUUGAAUUAAAGUACUUGCUCCACCACUAUGAUGAACCAUUUUAGGUUUGCCACUUAACAGCGAAUUUCUGCGGGGUGGGGGGGGGGCGGUGUUUAUGAAUGGGAUUCCCGGUAGGCCCAAAGAGAUUCAUCUCUGGCCACUAGUGCCAUUCCUUUUGAAUGAUUUUCAGUAUCUAUUAUCCUCUUCGGGAUCUGAUUUGGUGAUAUUUGCAUUGUUCAAAGAAAAAUAAUACAAAAUUGAAGUAAAGUACUAUGAUAGAGAUUCAUAAGAUAUAGAAGAAGAAGAAGAAGAUUCAGCUUGUUGUCAGUGGCUGUGACUGUUUAUGUUGUCUCUAUUAACAAUUGUUAUAUUUACUUUCAGGAAUGCUGAGUUUUACUGGAAAUUCAAGAUUAUUUGACCCUUUCAACGAAACAGAUUUUUUCAUGUUUGAUAGCAUUCGACCGGGAACACAUCGCAAAUAUGAUGUAACCCAUCCUUCAUUGUCCAGGCCCCUUAGAGAUUCCUUAUUAAAAGAGGAGCCUGAUUCACUGUCUUCUAAUGUCAGGAUUAUCCCCAUUUAUGUAGAAAAUAGGCUCAAAAAUAGUGCUAAACAAUCUUCAGUGAGAUCAGUGUCACCAAUAAUUGUAGAUGAUGAGAAAUAUUCUACAAGAGACUUAUUUAACUCAAAACUGCAGAAAUCAGAUUCAUCAGUAAUUCUCAUUGAUGAGGAUGAUAAGCACCAGUCCAGUAAUGUUACAAGUAAAUCUGAACCUCUCCAAAAAGAUUCAAAAUUACUUUCACCUCAUAAAACUGAAGAGAAAUGUGAGCCGAAGCAUCCUGUCAAAAACACUCCACCAGGAAGUCCUUUGGAAAAGUCGCAGGAACUUGUCAAUAAAAACAGUUCAUCUACAAGCAUUGACUCUAUUGAAACUGAUGAAUUAUGUGUAGAAGACAGUGGAGCUAUUUAUGUCAAGAAAGGUAAUGCAGAAAAACAUGUCAAUCCUGCUCCAAGUUACCCAAUUUAUUCAGUAUUGAAAGAGCUCUUGGCCAAAGAGAAUCGUCAGGUGGAUUAUAUUAGAGGUGAUGGGAACUGCUUUUUCAGAGCCAUUAGCAAAAUUAUGUAUGGAAAUGAUGCUUUCCACAAGGCAGUCAGGACUCUCAUUGUGGACAUAAUUGCAACCAAUAAAUUAAAAUUUGCACAGUUUGUGGAUGGUGAAGAUGUACAGGUACUUUGUUUGUUUAUUUUUUCAAUAAAUUAUAAGAAAAUAGACAUCAUUUAUUUUUAUUUAUGGGUUAUAUGGGCUAUGGUUAGAAAAUGGGAAAGUUUUGUACCAUGGCUUUCAUAUUAACCAUGUUAAAAGACCAUUGGCAGAUAGCAUUUUUAAUGUUCAGGUGUGAAACAGGAAUGUUAAAUAUUUAUAUCAGUUCCAUAUAAAGACCUUAAAAAAGUACUUUAGUCACAAAAUACCCAUUUUCAGAUGUUCAAGUUCAAAUAUUUUCGUCUUGUGAUCAUUUUUAUAUUUUGUCAUGUUUAAAUGAAGGACUUGCAUACAUUUUAAUGUCUUCAAAUGUAUGCAGUACACUUGGCUAAAUGGGAUAAGAAAAGGUCACAGUUAAGAUUGAUUUUGACAAAAUGUGACUUAAGUACUUUCAGCACUAGGGUCUUCAUAUAUAUAUAGUCAAAAAUUACAUCACAUUAUUUUUAUACUUGGUUUUAAUGUUUAAUUUUAAAUUACUAUUUUGUGUCUGUCUUUUUAGUUUUAUGUGAGCCACUCAUAAGACCAUCUAGAUGAGUCAGUUGAUUUAUUCUUAACAUGAACCAUGCUUAAUUUCAAAAGUCAUUUGCCAAUGAUAUACUGGAAUCAAGAUAAAGCCCUUAUUCUUUAGUAAAUCUAAUUAACUUACUGAUAUGAUAAUGAACUAGAGAUAUUACUUUUUACUGUCUCCUUCAACCUAACUUGAAUAUUCUACACCCCUUUCUUAAUGUAUGAGAGGUUCAUUCUAAAAGACUUGUACUUGUAGAUAUUAUUAUUAAUUAAAAGCUGUUUUUAUUACAUGUGAGGGUAAUUAAUUCUUCAUUUUUCGUACAGGUGCAUGUUGAGAGAAUGUCUGAAGACCACUGCUGGGCAACUACCUGUGAGAUCUACGCAGCUGCAACCUUGUUACAGAGAGACAUUUAUAUGUUCACUCCAAACCAUUUAAAUGAUAAGUACUCAUGGCUCCUCUUUCAACCUGUCUUCAAGCGGACAUUGGCUGAGAGUGAGUUAUCAACUCAUCCUUGUUGUUACGUCACAUUGUGUAACACCAAUGGCAAUCAUUAUGACCGUAUUGUGCCUGACCAUGGAGGCUGCAACUGUUUUCUACCUAAUCCACAGCUUGAUGGAAUAUGUGCUAGUGUUGACCUAACUUCCUUGUAGAAUUGUUUUUAAAAAUAAACUUAUAUGGGACUUGUUGAGGGUACAUGUGUUUGAGUAUUGUUAGUAUGAUUUUUUAAACGAAUUCCUAAAUAUUGCCUUAGUAUUCUAUCAUAAUUUUUAACAUCUUUGACUGAAUUUCAGCUUUUCAAAUACAAAAGCUAACACGAAUUAACCAUAUCUAUAUAAUUAUUACACUUUAAUUAACCAGUAUAUUUAAUUGUUGUUUUUUGUUUGUUGUUGUUUUGUUGGUUUUUUUUUUGGGUGGGGGGUGUUGUUGCUGCUAACACUUCUUGUGUUUUUCCCUUACUUUUUGAAUUUUCACUAUUGAUUUUCUCAUCAAUAACACAAUGUAUGUUAGGACUUGAAAGGAAAUUAAAUUCCUUCUCCUAUAAGGCUUACAUUACAUUUUUGUUUUUUAUAAUUAUAAAUUAUAGUAGAAGUAAUUAGCAUUUAAAAAAUCUUGCAUUUUAGUUUUCAUUUAUUGAAAACAUGAGUUAUAAAUUAUAAAAUUAUUAGAUAUACUAUCGGUCAACCAUCAUAGAGAAUUAACAUCUUAUGGAAAUUUAUGUCCUUGAUUAAAUGAUAUAAUUCAAUAUCACUAAAAAUGAAUCUUAAACUUAAUUUUAUUAAUAUUCUGGGUCAGAUUAGACGUGUUUUUAAAGUUGAUAACCAACCCAGUUUUAGGUUUGGAUGUGUUGUUGAAGUAGAAAGGCAGUGAAUAUGGUAAGAUUUCUGGACCUCAAAAGUAAAUACACAGAAUUAAAGAAAAGGCAUUGGUCCUGAGAUUUGAUCUAGUCUUCUGUCUUAGGUUUCUACAAAGGAGGGUUGUGUUAGUGAAACUUAAAUCUAACUCUCUUCCUGUAGUGUUCCUUGUUUUUUUAAAAAAAAAUUCCAUGAUUAUAGAACACUUACGUGGUCCAUAGUAAAAAAAAAAAAGGUAAUUUUAUCAAUUUCUUUGGUCAGGUAUUCUGCAAAUGGUUAACCUUUAACCUAGCUUAGUAUUAUCAUGUCAAUGUUCUUACAAUAUAUGUGUGAGACUUAGUCAAACAAUUCAUAGGAGGUGGGAAAUAUAGAAAAUAUUGGGAAACCCUGUUUAAUGUAACAUAUGUUACAUUAUUAUUUAUACUGUUUUUUUUUAUAAAUUACUUCUUUAAAAAAAUUAGCAGCUUUAACAUUGUCAUAGUAGUUAGUUGAAUGUUGCUACAUCCUGCACUAUGUGUAGCUCAACAAGCCAGUUUAAAAUGUUGUCAUUUUUGUACAAAGUAAUUGAUGUCAUUUUCACAUGGUACAAACUGCUUAAUGUAACUGGUCAUUUAUUUGUACUUGUGCAGUCAUUUGUAUAGUGUGUACAUAUUCAUUGAUCACAAUAAAUGCAAAUAUUUUGUCUUUCAAGU